GCAUAAAAGACUACCUUUAUUGGCUUUGUUUGACUAAACCCUAAAUAUCUGACAUUUUUGCAUUGGAGGUUUUUGGAGCUCUUACCCGAAAGGGAGAUUCUUAUUUUUCUGCAAUAAAAAAAGUUAGCUAAAUCAUGAAAAGAACAGGUAACUACUGUACUGUAUACAACAUCAAGAUAAGGAAAAUUAGGCUACUUUGCCCUACAUACACAAGGCUGGGUGUCAGCUUUCUUUCAACUAAAAACUCAUUUUUAAGUGUUUCUGAGAAACCCCAAAGGUCCCUCAAUCUGAUGCAAGCAUUCACCAAUUUUUAUGUACUUGGUCGAGCACCAAUUGUGGUCCGCUCAGUUAAAAACCUAAAAAUGGUCUGUUCAAGAAGUAGAAAGUAUGAUGAAGGCGAUCGGUAUUCUGAAUCUGUAAAAACUUACACUGGGGCUAGUUUUCGAUUAAAAGGGUUUCAGGCAAUUAACAAAAAAUGUAUCAACGUUUUACUUGCUAAGCUAAAUAUUGUUGCAGCUGAGGUUACCGGAGUAAUUGUCCUGCUAAGUUUGGCCAUUGUGUGCUUGGUUAAAAUUACAGUUCUUAAUAUGGAGGCCAUUAGCAGUUUUUAA